AUGAUUCUGGCCGUUGUUCUGGUCUUAUUUUGUAUCAAUAUCUAUUGUGCUCUACAGUUGUUAUCAAGGAGAGAUCAGGUAAGGUUUUGGCUAUUAUUUCUUGACUUUUAGAUAAAGAACUAAGGAACCGUCGAAUUGAGAAUAAAUCUUAUAUUUUUCAAUCGUUUCAGACCUUCUCUUCGCCGUCUGACAUUAUAAAACGUGCCCUAAAGGCCAGUAAAGUCUCUGAAACAAAAGUUAAGAAUGAAGACUAUGAACUCGGUCCAAGAUGUGAAUUUUUCGACAAAGCAGCUGAUGAUGUUUACAAAAGAAUGAAGACGCCUGAAUGUAAGCGGCAGUUAGAAGAUCAUUUGUGUGAAAUGGAUCAAGAAGGAUGGCCUGUGCGUUCCGUAGCUAAUACUUGUCCGAUUUACGAUCCGGAGAUUCAAUUUCAACAUCGGGGCUGUUUCAGAGAUUCGAGUAAAAAACGGACUUUGACUUUCUUCAAGUACGACCUAAAGAAGUCCAAUUCGAUCGAAAAAUGUGCUCAGUUCUGUUUUAGGAUUGGAGCAAGACUUGCUGGUAAGUUUGCAUAUCUUUUUUAAAUGUUUUUGCUUUUAGGUGCAGCUAUCAAACUUCAGUUUUGACGAAAAACAUUGAUUUACUAUGAAAAUUUAUUUAAAAUCUGUUUAUUUGUUGAUAAAUAAUAUAAUUUUUGAUCUUUUCAGGAGUUGAAUACGGUUCCGAAUGUUUUUGCGGGAAUGAUAUUGACAUUAUCGAUCUAAAACCAGAUGCUAACUCAUCAAUUUGUGAGGAAUAUAGAUGUCCAGGCAAUGAAAAACAGUUUUGUGGCGGAUUCAACGCCAUUUCUCUCUAUAGCACUGGUGUAACUGGUAAGAUUUUAAUAUUUUUGUUCGAUUUUAGAUACGUUUUUGAUGUCAAAAGUUGGAAGAAAGACUGAACUAUGUUUUAAAAUGGUUUAAAGUUAAUAUUCUUUCAGUGUUUAACAAGAAAUACCCAAGUUAUAUCGCACCAGAGACCUCGAAGAAGGAUGUGAAGAUAUUAUUCUUACUUCAGCUAAACGGCCGAAAUGUGCGGCAAAUCAAGCGGUUACUGAAGGCUAUAUACAAUCCAAAACAUCUUUAUCUUGUUCACGUUGAUGCGAGGCAGAAGUUGAUGCAUUAUGGUAGGUUAUUUAAAUUUUAUGUUACAUUUGGUGUACAUGGGGAUAGAAGUUGGUAAAAGUCAAUUUUAUGUUGGGUUUUAGAGCUGUUUUGUAUUUUUAUAAGGUGAAAUUCUUAUUUUGAUUUUGUUUUUAAUAUACUGAAAAGAUUGACUUGAGAUAGUGGUCUGGAGCAUAUGAUGUUAUAGUAGGUAUACCUAUAUGUAUUGAGCUUGAUAAAACUAUAAUUUUUGUUAAUAUUGGUAACACUUAUUGCUUUGCAUUAUUGUUGUUCAGAUCGUAGCUACAAUAUUGACAAUUUUCACUAACUAUUAUUGUUGUUAUUCAAAGGUAUAGCCUUAUAUUAACCUUGAUAUCAAAAAUUAUUUUAGAGGUGAUGAAAAUCCAAGAGCUGCUGGAAAGUUCAGGUCAGAACAAUUUUAAGGUUGUUCAAGAGAGAUUCAUAACGAUCUGGGGAGGAACCUCAUUGUUGGACAUGUUCUUGGAUGUGGUUCAGAAGACUUUAAAUGGUCAGAUUGAAGGCUUUGAUGACUGGGACUUUAUCUUCAACUUGAGCGAAUCAGAUUACCCUGUUCUGAGUAUUAGUGAGCUGGAGGCAAUGUUGGCUGAGUGGGUUUUGAAGCUUAGAUUUUGGUAUUAAGGAUGGUUUAGGUCAUGAAUUUAUUUAAGUGUUGAAGCUAUUAAAAAGUUUGUUAUAGCAAAGGAUGUCAUGAAUAAUAUAUUGUACUUUCAGACACAGAAACAAGAGUUUUAUGGCCGCUCAUGGGUAUAAUACAGGGUCGUUUUUGAAGAAGCAAGGCUACAAUUACCACUUUUUUGAAUGUGAAGAACGAAUGUGGAGAGUAGGGCCAAGGUAAUCAUUAUAUUAUUCAUGGUAUAGCUUUUCAUAACAUUUACUGUAUUUUAAACUAUUAUAGAGCGGUUAUAAUACAGUAAUUUUCACGAAAUUUUAGGCUGAAUUACCCAGCGAAUCUUCGAGUCGAUGGUGGAUCGGAUUGGGUUGUGAUCAAUCGAGAAUUGGCCAAGUUUGCCAUAUCAGAUGAACAGAUAUGUGUGGACCUUCGGAAGCUGUUCAAGACGAUAUUAUUGCCAUUGGAAGGCUUUUUUCAUACUGUAAGGGGAAUAUAGGGUUUUUUGUAUUUUUUGGCAAAAAGUUUGAUGUUUUAGGCUUAACGUUAAGGUUAAAUACCUAUUUUUGAAAAACAUGGCUAGCUGAUGGGCAGGGUAAUAUAAAGUUGAUCAAAAGUACUUUUUUUAGACUAAAGUUGACCAAAAGGCUGAAUGUACGAUUAAAAAUAAAAAAUAUUUUAGGUAGCCCUAAACACUCACUUUUGUGACAAAGUAAUGUACAAAAACCUUCGCUUAACCAAUUGGAAGCGAGAUCAAGGCUGUCGAUGCGAAGGCCUUCGACAUGUCGUGGAUUGGUGCGGCUGUUCACCGAUUGCUAUACAAACCGAGGAUGACAAGUUGAAUGUGGACCGACUGACCAACAACACCAACUACUUUGCCCGCAAGUUUGACUGGAUGGUAGACCCGGUAACGAUAGCUGACGCUGAGAAGAAUGUGUAUCGAUUCGAGAAGGAGAAGCUGAAUGAAGAGGACGAUGUUCACAAUGGAUGGGUUAGUCUGUACGACAAGAGAUAUGAUGGUAGGUUUGGUUGGGAAUGUGGGGUAAGAUUGAUAGAUGUUGAAGAGAGGGAGGUGUAUGAUGAAGUGAGGAAGAUGUGUAUUGAGGAGAGAGGUAUUAGGAAUGCGGUCAGAAACUUUGGGGCAUUCGUUUUCAGUUUGAAGAAAGUUACGGCAAUUUUUUGGAAUUUUACGGCUAUUUUUGUUGUGGAAAUGCCAAUACUUUUGUUGGUAUCUUUGAAAUUUGGAAUGGUAUGGCAAUAAUUUUUUUAUAAAAUGAACUAUGUUGUGUUAUGACUGCGGUCAAAAAGUUUUGGAUUUAUAUUUUUGAUAUAGAGAAAGUUAUGGCAUUUUUUAUGGACAUCGACAUAUUAUUCAUGAUGUGUUAUAUAAAAUAGGCUGUAAAAGUUAUUUUAAUGUUAAAAAUUGCUUAAUUUCGAGCCUAUGAGAUGUAUAAAGGUCUGAAUUAACUAUCUCAAAAUAGGUCUUGUAGUGCUUGAAUGUGUACGAAAAGUUAUGGCAAUUUUUAGGACAUUAGGAUAUUACUCAUGAGGGGUAUCAUAAAAAUUUAAAAUUGGUUUAUAAAUAAUACGUUUUACUAUGUAAAUCAACGUAUAUUCUUUCAGAACCAAAGAAUAAGAACCUUCUAAUCCAGCUGGCAAAAGCUCUAUACGACAAAUCGAUAUCAACAUGUGCGUUUACUGAUUUACUGGAGAUUAACAUGUUCCUAUCGUAUAAAGAAUCGGAAAUCUACAGCAUUUUUAAAGUCAAAGAUGAUUGUGACCAGACUCACGAGAUGAAAGUUGACAGAUUAGGCAAACGGAAGUGGCUAGACGAGGAAAAGAUUGUCAGUGGAUACAAGUUGUUGGUGGUAGAGGUGGGAAGCAGUUUGGACCUAAAAGAAGAGAUUUUUAGAGAUGAUCUGGCUUUGAUUAGUCAGGUAAGGUUUCUCGGAUGUUGUAGCAGGCUUGAGAGAAGUUUUUGAUUUAUGUGGCGUUUAAAAAUGGCAUUUUUUGGCUAAUUUUGAGGGAUUUUUGGCUAUUUUUUGGCAAAAUUUGACGAUUUUUUCUAAGUUUUAAGUCAUUUUUGAAUGUUAUCUUAAUACCUUUUGAAUGGUUUAUAUAAAUUUGUCUUUUAGGAUUCUCUAGUCACCUUCCAAUGGCAAUGGCAGAAGCUGAAAGACCAAAAAGAGGCGGCAAACAAGAAAAAGAAGACCAGCCCCAAGGUUAUGAUCGAAGUCUGGUCGCCGGACAAGACAGUGUUCAUGUUCAAGAUGAUCGAACCCUACAACUCGAUCAACUACAAACAACACGUUAAAAUUGAUCUGUCCGUGAGAAAUCCCUCAGCCGGAAUCCAUACCUUCAUCAUGAAGCAUCCGGACACCAAGGAAGAGCUACUACAAUAUCAAUUUACGAUAUUUCCAAGGGAAAAUGGGAUUGGAUUGAAGGGAAAAGGGGCUGGACUGAAAGAGAAUCCGGCUGGACUGAAAGAUGAUGAUCUUGUGAUGAAGGAGAAUGAUGUUGUAUCAAAGGAUAUUGAUGUUGUCUAUGGUAAAAAUGGUGCAGAACUAAAACGAGCUACUACAAUAUCGGAUUUGUUCAGACAAAUGGUUGAUUUCAACUACAAUGUGACAGACAAAUGUCAGGAAGAUUGUCCAAAAAUGAUCUGGAGCACUUAUCGACCAGUAAAAUCGACCGACAUUAAAUACGGCUUUAAUAAAAGCAUGAAUUGUCUAGUGUAAUAUGUUGAUUUGUUAACUAACUCAGGGGUUUGUGAGCUUGUUCUAUACGUUGGUGUCUUGUUAACUGUAUUUUUAUAUCUUUUUGUUGUUAUCAUACUGUUUAAUUUAUACAUACGGUGAUAUUUUUGGUCAUUUUUAGCUAUAUUGUGAUAGUAUCAAGGUGUCUACGUUAAGGUUUUUAAGUAUUUUAUCAUUUUUAUGCUAAUUUUUUGCACAUUUUGUUACAUUUUUAGUUGAAAGCUUUGGUUAAUUUAUGUUAUUGUAGUAUUUAAUAGUAUUUUAAGGUCUUUGCUCAUAUCACACAGUAUUUUUUCUAAUUUUUGGUCAUAAUAGGCUAACAUAAUAUUUUAUGUGUUUGGUCAUAUCAUGGAAUUAUUUAUCAUUAUAUGGGUAUUAUAAUAUAUUGAAAUAAAGGCUAAGUAUUAAUGGAUACUAUUCGGAAGUUGAUGGUGAAGUAUUGGUUUCAGCCAACUAUUAUUUUGAUUUUGAGGUGGAUAUUGUUAUAGGUAACAUAGGGAGAAGGAUUUUAGUAGGAACCUACUGUCUAUAAAAUAGAAAAGAAUAGAUAGCCUAAGGUUGAUAAGAAUAUAUAUUCUAAGGUUGAUAAGAAUAGAUAUCCUAAGAUUGAUACGAACAGAUAUAGACUAUAGCACCAAAAUCUUCAGCUAUCACAAUGAUGGCCGACCGACGCCUCCUCCGCACCACCCUCCAAGCCCUCUCCCAACUAUGCAUCUCACUUCGCCACAGAAACGACCCGGCUAUUGUAACCGAAAUUCGACGUCUAGUCUCGACGAUAACGCCAGAAGUCCUCGAAAUCCGCCUACCACACCCAACCCCCGACCGAUACGAACUCUACGGCAACAUGUAUGGUGCCGACAUAUACGAAGACCCCACAAUGUCGUGUGUUGUGUUCGGAAUGAAGAAUGAAGGCUUGAAGAUACCAUUGCAUGAUCAUCAACAAAGCUUCGGAUUUAUCAGAGUGCUACGAGGGUCUUUGAGGAUACGAUCGUUCUCGUUUGUGCAGGAUGAGACUAAGAAGGAGAGGAACAUGAUUACUGCCAAGUUUGAGGGUAAGGCUUUUGUUAUAAGUUUGAGGGUGAAGCUUGUGUUAUUAAUGAUAGGGUAGGGAAUUACAGAUGGGGAGGAACCUGAUUUUUGAUGUUGAACAGUGUGAAGAGAAAGGCAGGUUUUGAGGUCAAAAAGUCCGUAGAAACAACGAAUUUUUGCGGACAUAAAGUCUGUAUGAAAAGCUGAGUUUUGAGGUCGAAAAGUUUAUCGAAAAAGUUGUGUUUUAAAGUGAAAAAGUCUGUAGAAGAAGCUGAUGUUUUAGGUCCAAAAAGCCUUUGGAAAAAAAGUUAGUCUUGAGGUCAAAAAGUUCUUGGAAAAAAUUGUUUUUUGGGCUUAAAAAAGGCAUUAAAUAGUGGUUCUUUCAGAUCAUGAAGCGUGUAAGAAGAGUUAAUUUUACAGGUCAAAAAAUGCACAGAAAACUGCUUCACUAUAAUAUUAUUGAUUUGCUAUUCCAGGCGAACAAGAAGUAUCAGUAUCAACAGCUGAGAACCCAGAAACAGUCGUAUUCCUCGACCCAAUCCGAGGCAACAUCCACGAAGUCACGGCGUUAGAAGCCGGGACGGCCUUCUGUGACGUUCUCACCCCAGGCUACGUAUACCCAAUCGACUGUGUGUACUACGAAGAAACCGAGCCAACGAGUACGGUGGGUACGGUGACACGAUUGAAGGCGAUACAACCGCCACGAGACUACAUCACGGAGCCGUUGUGGUACCGGACGAUCAGGUCUUUGACUAACGUUCUUUAG